GUAGUAGGAAGGGGAACGAGUGACUAGUGAGGUGUAGUUGUUGUGAAGGAGAAGAAAGGAAUGCCGAAGAGGACAACGCAUACAUACUCAAGCGAGGAUGCAGCUCCGGAGGGUCCUCACUCCGAUCUCUUUGUUUAUUACUGCAAACACUGCGGAUCCCAUGUCCUCAUAACUGAUACCCAAUUGCAGACAAUGCCGAAAAGGAAAACUGACAAGGCAUAUGUAUUGGAGAAGACAAAACAUCUAGCGAGAUUCAACAUUGAAGAAGCAGGCAAAGUUCUCUUAAAACGAGGCGAAGGCAAACUGGAGAAACAAUUCCGCAUGAAUUGUAUGGGUUGUGGUCUCUUUGUUUGCUAUCGAGCUGAACAUGAUUUCGAUUCUUCCUCUUUCAUUUAUGUCCUUGACGGCGCUCUCAGUACUGUUGCUGCUGAGACCAACCCACAGGAUGCUCCCGUUCCUCCCUGUAUAUCUCAGCUUGAAGGAGGACUUGUUCAAGUUGCUAUUGAAGUCGAAGAUCGUGCACAGCGUUCCGCAAUCACCAGAGUAAAUGCUGACGAUGUUCGAGUCACCGUAGCUGCUCCUGCUGCUCGUGGAGAAGCUAACAACGAACUUUUGGAAUUUAUGGGAAAAGUUUUGGGUUUGAGAUUGAGUCAGAUGACUCUUCAGAGAGGAUGGAAUAAUAAGUCAAAGCUUCUUGUGGUGGAGGAUUUGACUGCUAGACAAGUUUAUGAGAAACUUUUGGAGGCUGUACAACCUUGAUGCUGUUUUUUAGCUUUAUUAUGCAUUGGGUCUGGUUUCUGGGACAUAAGGGUUCUUGUGCAUUUACCAUAGUAAGCCAGGUUGAAUCUCUUUUUUCUGCAAAACUCUAUAUUUUUUUUCUUAGUGAUAAGGGUUCUUGUGCAUUUAUCCUUGCUCCCUGGACAUUAUGUGGGAUCUGGAUCAGAUAAAACUCAUUCUAUGACCAUUGAUUAAUCAGCAAUUGAGUGCUCGAACCAAAAUGAGAUGUGAUUAAAUGUGAGAAACUGUUAAAA